AUUUUUAUUUUUAUUUUUUUUUUUUAUGAAAGAUACAGGACUAACUCUAUAAAAUCACCUGUCCCUAACUAUGAAAGAUCUUCAUAAUUUUUCGAAUUUUUGUCGAAAGAUUGUUUGUGUUGGACGAAACUUUGUAGAUCAUGCACUAGAACUCAACAACCCAUUACCUUCUGUCCCUCUAAUUUUUUUGAAGCCUCCUUCGUCAAUUAUCAAGGAAGGUUCUUUAAUUAAAAUUCCACCAAAAUGUAACACACUUCAUCAUGAAGUUGAGCUUGGAGUUGUAAUUGCAGAAGAAGGAUCUAAUAUUACCAUAAACAAUGCAUUUAAUUACAUUGGUGGAUAUGUAUUAGCUUUAGAUAUGACUGCAAGAGAUUUUCAAGAAGAAAUAAAAGCAAAAUCUCACCCAUGGUUUUUAGCAAAAUGUUGGGAUACAUUUUGUCCCAUUAGUGAAUUUAUACCAAAAAGUAAAAUAGUUAAUCCUGAAAAUUUAGAGUUAUGGUUGGAAGUGAACAACUGUUUAAAACAAUCAGGAAACACUAAGAAUAUGAUUUUCGGAAUCUCACAAAUAAUUAGUUAUGUUAGCAAAGUUACGACACUUGAAAAGGGAGAUUUAAUACUUAUGGGGACUCCACAUGGUGUUGGUCCAGUAAAGUCUGGAGACGUAAUUGAUUGUGGAAUAAAAAAUGUGACAAAAAUGAAAUUUUUUGUAGAAUAAUUGUUUAAACAUUUAUAAACUAUUA